CUCAUUGGAUUAAAGAAGCGGCAUAAACACAUGGAGUGCUAUGAGAACAAGUGAUCGGGUGACCUAAUUAGGCUUGGGAGAGAUGGUCAAGUGGAUCGGAAACUCUCCAGGCAAAGGGGAAAAAGGCGUUGCCCACUUCAGAAUGAUUCCCUGCAAAGCAGCACUGACCUUUGCCCAAUGUCUGAUCCGGAGAAAAAUCGUCACCCUGGACAGUCUAGAAGAUUCCAAAUUAUGCCGCUGCUUAUCUACCAUGGACCUCAUUGCCCUGGGGGUUGGAAGCACUCUCGGCGCCGGGGUCUAUGUUCUAGCCGGAGAAGUGGCCAAAGCAGAUUCGGGCCCCAGCAUCGUCGUUUCCUUCCUCAUCGCAGCCCUGGCGUCUGUGAUGGCAGGCCUCUGCUAUGCCGAAUUUGGGGCCCGGGUGCCCAAGACAGGGUCGGCCUAUCUGUAUACCUACGUGACAGUCGGAGAGCUGUGGGCCUUCAUCACUGGCUGGAACCUCAUUCUGUCCUACGUCAUAGGUACGUCAAGUGUCGCAAGAGCGUGGAGUGGCACCUUUGACGAACUUCUUAGCAAACAGAUCGGUCAGUUCUUCAAGACAUACUUCAGGAUGAACUACACUGGCCUUGCAGAGUAUCCAGACUUCUUUGCCGUGUGCCUUAUAUUACUGCUAGCAGGGCUUUUAUCCUUCGGCGUGAAGGAGUCCGCCUGGGUGAAUAAGAUCUUCACAGCCAUCAAUAUCCUGGUCCUCCUCUUCGUGAUGGUGGCUGGGUUUGUAAAAGGAAAUGUGGCGAACUGGAAGAUUAGUGAAGAGUUCCUCAAAAAUAUAUCAGCAAGUGCCAGAGAGCCGCCUUCUGAAAACGGAACGAGCAUGUACGGGGCGGGUGGCUUUAUGCCUUACGGCUUUGCGGGAACGCUGGCUGGCGCUGCGACCUGCUUCUAUGCCUUCGUGGGAUUUGACUGCAUUGCGACGACUGGUGAAGAAGUCCGGAAUCCCCAGAAAGCUAUUCCCAUCGGAAUCGUGACUUCUUUGCUGGUUUGCUUCAUGGCCUAUUUUGGGGUGUCUGCGGCUUUGACACUCAUGAUGCCGUACUACCUCCUGGAUGAGAAGAGCCCUCUUCCCGUGGCGUUCGAGUACGUCGGAUGGGGGCCCGCCAAGUAUGUCGUGGCCGCCGGCUCCCUCUGUGCUCUGUCCACCAGCCUUCUCGGAUCCAUUUUCCCAAUGCCUCGUGUAAUCUAUGCUAUGGCGGAGGAUGGGUUGCUUUUCAAAUGUCUAGCUCAAAUCAAUUCCAAAACGAAGACACCAAUAAUUGCUACUUUAUCAUCCGGUGCAGUGGCAGCUGUGAUGGCCUUCCUUUUUGACCUGAAGGCAUUGGUGGACAUGAUGUCCAUCGGCACUCUGAUGGCCUACUCUCUGGUCGCGGCCUGCGUUCUCAUCCUCAGGUACCAGCCCAGCUUGGCUUACGAGCAGCCCAAAUGUUCUCCUGAGAAAGAAGCUCUGGGAUCGUGUGCCAACACAGCCUUGAAAAACGAGUCCCAGGUCACUGCGCUGCAGGGACAGGGCUUCAGCCUGCAGACCCUCCUCAGCCCCUCUGUUCUGCCCACACGACAGUCGGCUUCUCUCGUGAGCUUCCUGGUGGGGUUCCUGGCUUUUCUCGUGCUGGGCCUGAGUGUCCUGACCACCUACGGCGUGCGCGCUCUCGCCCGGCUGGAAGCCUGGAGCCUGGCCCUGCUGGCACUGGUGCUCGUUCUCUGCAUUGCCACGGUGCUCACCAUCUGGAGGCAGCCCCAGAAUCAGCAGAAAGUAGCCUUCAUGGUUCCGUUCUUACCGUUUCUGCCGGCACUCAGCAUCCUGGUGAACAUUUACUUGAUGGUCCAGUUGAGUCCAGACACUUGGGUCCGAUUCAGCAUUUGGAUGGCGCUUGGGUUCCUGAUUUAUUUCGCCUAUGGCAUCAGACACAGCCUGGAAGGCAACCCGAGGGAUGAAGAUGAGGAAGACGCGUAUUCAGACAACGCUAACGCAGCAACACAAGGAAAGGCUACCAUGCAAGUACACGACCCCCACCAGAGGAAUCUCAGUUUGCCUUUCAUAUUCCACGAGAAGACGAGCGAGUGCUGAUGCUGGUCGCUCUGCAGCCAGAACCCCCACGUCCCAUGCUGAAAAUCCAUGGCAGGAUGUUGUCAUUGUUCGAGUCCUCACGGGUUUGCUGCCUGCAUCAUCGUUCACCCUAAUUUAUGCUCACACCUCCAGACAGCAUUGCCUCAGUGGAGAAUUAUGUGCCCGGGGAGACCUUCUGAGUUCUCUCUUAGUGAUGAAUAUCCCCACAACAGUGUGAGUGUGUGCGUGUAAGUGUGUAUGAGAGAGAGGGAGAGAGAUUGGGAACGUGGCUAUCCUGUCAGCUGGUGUUCUACUAUAAUUGUUACAGUUUUUUCCAGUGUUGUCGUUAGCUGGUGGCAUGUACUGCACAUCCCAACGUGGGUGCCAAUCACCAAAUGGAAGCGUGUUUGUAUGUGCCCUAUGCAUGGGGGAAGAGGUGGCCGCUUUUCCUUCUGAGGCUUCAUUACUGUCAAUGUAGAGUGUGCUAAAAAUGCAGCUACUCAUCGCAGUGUGUGUCACUGGUUGGGGUAAGAGGAGGGGUGGGAGUGGGCCUGUUCUGUGAAUCAUACGUGCCAGCAGUGGGUUUAGUACAGAGGUUUUCCCAUGAGCUUUGACUGUUUGCUGAAACUUUAACCCGUCGGAGUGUUUGCUUCUGCUGUACACGGGGUCAGAGUGGCAUUCGUGUCACCAGAUGGCAUUCUUUUGAACUCCUGUCCUUAAAUAUGAGGCCUUCACCAUCUUGAAUGAUGUAUCCCCUCAACCCUGUCUCAGGCGUGAGAGAGGUACUGUGAUUCACUCAGGACCCUUUAAGCUGCAAAGUGAAGGUGGGCUCCGUGGCCAGCAAGGGGCAGUGAUGGGAGACGUGGGAAGAUCAGAGAGGAAGCCGCAUGCUUACGUCAAUGGACACCAAGCAUCCUUCUCGAAGAAAUCCAUUAAAGCAAGCCCAAAGGGUCUUCCAGAUCAUGCCGUGGGUGGAGUGAGUCCUGCUUUUCCCCAUUACUUAAUAACUCAUCACAGUGCAGUUAUGUGAACUUCAUCACAAACAGACUUCACUCCUUGGUUUCUGUUAUUGUCUCGUCCUAGGCAGAGGGACUCCGGUAGCAAAUUCUCUUUACUCCACACAAAAGAAGAAAAGCCGAAGGGGUAGGAAAAGUUCUCCUUAUCUGAUAUUAAAGUGCCUAUUCAGGUAUUAAAGGGCAUUGCGCCCCAUUGAAGGGGUUCAGAUCAAAUUGACCUCUAUGUCUCUGUUUUCCUCCCACCGCCCCAUAAAUGAUUUAGUACUUUUUAUUCUGUCUGCUCUUAAAUGGCCACACUAAGCCUAUUAAUACAAGCACUAAAGUCACCCAUCAAUGCUUGCGGAAUAAAAUAUUUUGGUCACGAAGAUUGUCAUUUAAAAUUUCAAGCUAAAGUUAAGCCCAAUUGAAUCCAACCUAUAUAUUCACAGUAACCCUAGAAUCUGAGUAAAUCCAUUUUAUAUAUAAGAUUCCCUCAUUGCUCUGUUUUAUUUUGUAGGGUUCUCUGUUAGUGGACUGUCUGGGCAGGGCUUUCGCUUCUCAUGAAUUAUUUCUUGUACAGAUGUAAACAGCUCGUGAGGUGAGGCUGGAGAUGAGACCGUAGAGCGGGUGACAUUUCCAGGCACAGCAGUGGCCGUACCAAGCAUGCUAGUUGGCCUGUGUGGUCGAAAGGCAGGGAAACUCCUUUUCUGAUGGUUCUUCCAAGAGAUCGGUUACCUUCUUGAUGUCAUUUAGAAGCAAGUGGUGAUUAGUUUGUAGAACUAGGAUUUCGUGGGAAUUGAAUAUCAGAGAAGCAGGUGAGAGCCUGAAUUUCUGGCUGCUAGGGUUUUGGUAUCCUGACACAGAACUCAUUCCUGACAUUCCACAGUUUCCAGAGUGCGCAUGGCAAAAUCCACAGCCAGGGAUUCUCUUUCAGGCUGCCUAGAGGAGACCCGGGAUAAGCAAGGGUCAGGAGUUUUUGUAACAGUAGGUGUGAUCCCCAGUGUCUGUCACGCAGCUGUUCACAGAGAACCGCUUUUCUUCCAUAACCAAUCUACAACGGGCCCUUCACAGGAAAUGUGAGUCUCAUCUGUGGAGACUUAAAACCUUUUACUGUAACAAAACCAAGACAUGCAUUUAGGGUGUGCAGCUGCAACUCAUGCCCACUGGGUUCGAUUUGGAACAGAAUUCAGGUAAAAAUUAUUUUUCCACAUUACACUGAAACACUUUGCAAACACCAAGAGCUAGGAAAAGAUGCUUUGUCAGUGGCUGCUUUGCGUUCUGUGAGAUGCAGUUGGAUGUGCGUGUGCAUGUAAACACAUCUGCCCACGUAUGCCAGUGCACAUGCAGACGGGCGUGUGUGCACAUGUGUAUUUCAAAUGUCAGUGUAUAAGUAAGUUGGGUUUGUGAUGGCCUGUAGCAUAAAAUACCCAACCAACGUGGAAAAAAGUAAAUGUUUUCUAUGGAUAGAGAUGCUUAUACAAAAUGUUUAGGUUUUAAACUAUUUUAAAAUAUACAGUUUUAUAUGUAUAUUUUCUAUAGAUAGAAUCUUUUAAGAAAUAUUUAUAAUGUUUCUAAUAUAAAAUCACUUAACUCUAGUACAUGGUAACAGGUGCUUUAUAAUCUGAAGCAGGGUAGGGGUAGGGACACUAGGAUAUUCCUGUUUUCUCGUUUCUGUUGUUUUCUGACAUUUCCGUGUUUAAAAAUAGCAAAAAUUAGUGGAAGCCAAUCCUACCAACUCUUCCGCCAUUUUUCUGUUCUGUAUUUGGCUUCAUAAGCUUUUUUGAACAAAGUGCUUUUACUUUCUUAGAAUUACCAAAACGUUUUAUAUAGAUUUGGUUAGUAAUCAACCUCAUAUAAAUGCCCUCUUUGGGGAAAAACAGACAAGCACAUAUUCUUUCCAUUGUCUUCGUGUAAAUGCAGCCUAAAUGACUUCUUUUUUUUAAUACGAGGAAGUGUGUUCUCAACAUUUUCAGUCGGUGGGAGUAUCUCAUGAAAGCACCUUAGUUUUAUACUCUUAAAAAAAAAAAUGAAAAAGACUUGUGGGUUACCAUAUAAAGCCAAGGCCAGACCCACAGUCACAAGAUGACUCUGGAAUCUCACAUGUGCAAACUGUUGAUGAGAAACAUUUACAUUAGAGCC